AUUACCGAUAAGUUAUGAGCCAAAAAAACCGAAAACUUGGCCGGACCGACAUAUAGAUCCGAUUCGCUCCGAUAUUUCGCUAGAAACAGUGGCAACUCCUCAUCUCUCCCUUUCUAGUUCUCUAUCCUGCUGCGUGUGAUAUACACAGACGAGAAAACAUCUGCCUCUGGUUUCUGUGUUUUCGAGCUCCGUCUAGGGUUUCACCGGGUCCCAAAUUCUCUCUCUUAUAUCUCUUCUCGAAACCCUAGCUCCCCCGAUUGCGUCCUCUCAUGGAUUCCUCCGGUUCUCGCGGCUUCGAUGUCUUUGAAAUUUACAGAAGCUACUGCGACAUUAUAUCAGGAAAUGCAUACAUAUGUGUGGAGGAAGGCUGCCAAGGGGAUGAGGAGUUGCAAAGGGCUAAGUUCUUAAGGGAGGGAUUGGCUCAACUUUUAAAAUUGGUGGAAUCAAGGGUUUAUACAGGGGUUUCAAUUUUCGAUGAACUUCUAAGGCUCAUGUUACGCCUAGACUUGACGGUGGACUUCUCUGAAUUCUCACGCUUCUAUGAUUUCGUCUUCUUUAUGUGCCGUGAAAAUAGUCAAAAGAACAUCACUGUAAGCAGGGCCAUUACUGCCUGGAGAAUAGCUUUAGCAGGAAGGUUUCGACUGCUUAAUCAGUGGUGUGACUUUGUUGAGAAAAAUCAGCGACAUAAUAUCUCUGAAGAUACUUGGCGGCAAGUUCUAGCCUUCAGCCGUUGUGUACAUGAAAACCUUGAAGGCUAUGAUCCAGAAGGUGCUUGGCCUGUUUUAAUUGAUGAUUUUGUUGAGCACAUGUACAGGAUUGCUGGAUCCGAUGACAAUGCCAAGUUCUUCUGUAAUUGUGGUGAUUCAGAAGGCCAGUCAUGUGAAUAUGAUGACUCCCUCCCUGGAUUGAAAUUCUACCCUGGCUUGAAGAGAAAGUUGCACGAGGACUCUCAAAGACAUGAACUGGUGUUGUCAGAUACCCGCUUCCGUGACUCCAUAGACUUGAAUGACAAGUUGAAUUCUAAGAGAAGCAAGCAAAGCCUCAUUGCCGGCAGAUCUGUGUACUCGGAGAAUCCACCAGGAGCUGCUACUGAUGACUGCAUGGAAAUAGUAAAACAUAGCCCAUUGAGUUCCUCUAAGUCUCCAUGUGCAGUUGAAGGUUGUCUGUCAAAGGGCUUUGCAGGGCUCUUCUCAACUCCAUCCUGCCUGCACUUUGACCGAGAAAGGAGAGUAUCCUACAUAUAGAGCUCCCACCAUCAUAAAGACAAACAUGGCAAGGUAUCCCAUUGUGAGUUUGGUAUGAUUUGAUAUAUUUGCACGCCUUUGCUUGGGUUUUCAAUUUCAUAUUCCCCCAUUUUCUUAUGGUUGUCCAGCAGGUUGUAUUGGUUUCAUAGUUGCAAUUGAUAAGGUCAAUAAAAGAAUAAUCCGAUUUCUUUGUUUUCCUUCAGUUUAA